UGUCACUCUUGCUCUCGAACACGUCACACGCCCACAAGCCACCACCUCUGGCUGCUCUUGACACUCUCGAUCGAGUCGUCAACUGCUCGAUAUCAUCAAUUCACAUCAAAACCCUACCACUCCGCCACACCGCCAAGCAACUACCGCCAUGCUCCUCCGGCUCCUCCCAACACCCUCUCCCUCCCAGCCCUCCCCUCCCACCAUCCUCUUCACUCUCCCAUUGCCCAACUCGCCCUACACUUCCCGGGCUCUCCCCCUCCCACCAAACCUUCUCGCACACCGCUCCCUUUGCCUCCAGGAGGACAUCGAGUGCGGCAAUGUGCUUCUCGGAGACAAGGCGACUUGGAUUUCGGGCAUCGUCGACAAUGUGACCUUCUCCCUCCCGCACUCGACUAUUCUUGUUCACCUUGUGGACGGGCGCACGCUCAACGUUGACCUCUCGGAAGAGUGCGUCACGGUGUUGCACCGCGUUGUGCGUGAGGUUCAGCUCAGUUUUGCUGCGGCCGCUGCGCCCCCGGCUCCUCCUCCUCCGGCCGCAUCGCCCGCCGAGUCGCCCCGAUCCAGCAUGUCCUCUGAGCGCAGCGCAUCAUCGGGAACUCUUUCGCCCGCCUCCGCUGCCGCACGGCGUACUCCCGGCUCGCUCCUUUACUCGCUUCUCUCUCCCCUGCUUCCCACUUCGCCCCGUGUCCAGCCCCCCGCCCACGUCGCCGCCCACCAGCAGCCCGCUCGGGCCCACCGCCGCCAGGCGCGGUCACUCCUCGUCGACGCGUAUCGCCGCUACGUUCUCCCCGCGCUCAAGGAGCGUCUCCCCUCCCACUACCUUGUGUGGGCCAUCCAGAGCGAGGCCAGCUCCAAGAUGGACGAGUUCACUGCUCUGCGUGACGACAUCUGCCACAUGCUCACCGAAUUGGGAAUCGACUUUGACCUCACGGGCGACACCUCGUUCUCGAGCUCGGCCACCCUCCGCUCGCCAUCAAUGUCUGAGCACUCGACUGCCGCGUCCAGCUCCGAGUUCGGCGACGCUACCUCGAGCAACGGUGACUACACGGAUGCUUCCACCCCAACUGGCUUCCUCCUCCGCAUUCCUCCUGCACACACCCUUCCCCUGCGUCACCGCUCUGCCUACACGCAGCUAGUGGCUCGCCUCUCGGAGCUCGCUGGGCGCGUCGGCAGCAUAACUCAGCUUGCCACGCGCUACGAGCGUGAGGAGAGCAAGCGCAAGUGGCUGGACCAGCUUGACCUCCAGCGCGACGCUGAGAAGGCUGUCCGCCGCGCCUUCAGCAACCGCCUCCUUCCGGCUAGCGGGGACCGCACAGCCGUGCCCGUCCGUCGCUCCGCUCUCAGCCAGUGCGUUACUGCUGAGGACGUUGAGCGCGCUUCCCGGCAGCCCAUUGGGCUUGGCCUCGCCCACAUCCCCGAGGAUGACUACGCCAUCUGCAGCGACUCGGACAGCGAGAGCAUCUCCGAGCCCGAGCUCACCGACGACCGCUCCAGCGCGUCCGCCUCACCCGAGCCUCAGACUCCGACAUACUCUUGCGACGAGGCCCCAUUGCUCGUGCCAUCCCACUCGGACGAUUCGCUCAGCGACCGCGACGAGUGGGACCGCGAAACUGCCCCGUCGCCAGAGCCCGAGUUCAUGGACCGCAAAGCCAUCCGCGCCUCGCCCAACGCCAAGCUGCCCGAAGCACCGACCCCCAUGGCCGCUCUCCCCUGGCCCGCUCUCGACGUGUUCUAAUCUCGUCACCGCCGUCGUCUCGUUCAUUGUUCUCGCAUCGCAUCAGCAUCUGUCACGCCCACUGUGGCCCCGGACUCUCGCCAGCUUGUCUGUGACAUUGGCCAGCAUACAUUCACCCACCACGAACCAG